AUGGAAAAAAGUAGUUUAAAACAAAGUUUUCCGAAAUUACUUUGUUUGAAAAGGUCGCCUGUGCUUUUUAGCCGAAGGGAGAGUGAGAACAGAAAUCCCUUGAAGACCUUAAACGUUAACACCUUAAGAACCGACAACAUAAACUACGAUCAAUAUUUGGAAAAAAGUGCCUGCAGUUAUCUGAAUAGCUCGAAUUCAGAAAACGCUCAAUGUGAUAAUUCAACAAAUAUAUCGUCCCCUACUCACGAUAAUAGUAGAUUAGAAAGUCGAAAGAAAAAUAGAAGCAGUUUUCAUCAGAAUGUCGAAGAAGCUUUGAAUUCCUUGUUGUGGCAACCGUACGAAUAUCAGGAGACUACUAGGGCUUCCCCGUCGACGUCACCUUUCAGUUCCUACAGUAGUCCAUCUUCAUCCUAUAACGACCUUGAAGAAAUCACAAAGAAUGAUGGUAGUUCAUGCAGUUUUAGAGACCUACAUCUUCAAUCCUCGACUUCGGUUUCAGAAAUGGUUAUUAACCUGCAAGAACUCAACCUGACGGACCAAUCGGAGGUUCCGUUUACGUCACAUGACCCCCGUACAAUUCGUUCAACAACUUGGCUCAGCGAGGUAUUCAGUCUAACGGAGUCCGCGAGGCAGCGCGUGUCGUGCGAUAGCGUUUGCAGUGUUAGUGAUGUAAACUGUUGUGAUAUGCAAGUUAGUGCACCGUUAAACACGUCCAGUGCGGCCCAGACAAACGUGCUACACAUUCACGCAAACGAUAAUGGGGUGAAUAAUACUAGUGUUAAUAUUAAUCAACAAACUGUGUUUCAAAACAUUAACGAAACUAACCUAAGUACCGCUAAUGUCGUUGGAUUACCGAACCAUGCAAGAUAUUCAUCUGUCCCCGUGAGUAAUAUUCAAAGUAGACCUACAAACAAUAACAAUUUAGUACCGAAACAUUCUAGAAAUGUGUCGGAACCAUCCAACCACUUUUUUAAGUGUCAAAAUAAUAACAUUUUAACUCCACAACCAGGAAGUUCUGUACCGAUCCAAUACAGACACAGUGCACAACUAGAUCAUUCAAAUGUGCAACAAAUUAAUAAUUUUAGAGGUACUUCAGUGCCCAAAAAUGUGCCAAUUAUUCCUCGACACGACAUUACCACAGUAACCACUACCACUACAGCCCCUAGCACUCAUGUAAACAAUUCAAGACUAACCCAGAAGGUUAAUGCACAGGUACCAAACGAUAUAAGUAAUAUUAACGUCAAUUUUUAUAGAGCAGUGCCUGUCAAUGUCAUUUCUUCAGUACCUACAAUUCAUUGUUUAAAUACUUUGAGCAAUGUGCAAGGUAAUGAGGUAUCUAACGUACAGGUACUUCCUUUGGGAAAUCCAACGAACGUAGUAACUAGUAGUUCUUUGGUGGUAGGUACUACCCAAGUGAUACUCCAUAAUACUCAAGCGAGUAUUAAUAAUACCAACGAUAGACCUACUUUUGUAAACACAUCGACUUCUGUUUUACCAUCUCAUACAUUUUCUACUAGUACUGGUACUAACACUGCAUCCCACUUUCCUACUCAGGCUUCUACAAGUCAAGUUUUUAUACAGAACCACAGACCUACUAAUACUAGUACCGUACCUUUUGUAAACAUACAGCCUGUUUUGAGAACAAACGUCCAAGUGGAAAGUAGUACACAUAACUCCCAAACAAGACCAGUCAACACUCCUAGAACCUUCACGAGCACCGAAGCUCAAACGGAUGAAAUAUCUAUUCUACCAGCAACGAAUGAACAAACCACAACUGAUAGGGAACAAAGAAGAAAAGAACGAAGGGAAAGAAGGCACCAAAGAAGACUAAAUAACAGAUAUUCCGUGGAUAAUGGUACUCAAGUUAACAACCAAAAUGAUCGGUUGCCGGAUUUGCUCAGCAACCAUCUACCACCCCCUUAUUCACCUAUCACUAGUGCUUCUGGACCAAACGUCGGAUCGGUCAGUCCUAUGUCACCGUUGAUGACAAAUUCCGGAAUUUUGCCGCACCCUCACGGUACAGUACUCCAAACGGUUGUUCCUAAUAAUAUAGUGCCUCCCAGUGGAUUUGUUUUCCAAGGUCCGCCUCCAGUGGCACAAGUGCCUCUAGUGCAAGGACCGGCGCAAGUGGCAGUUCCUGUGCCGCCUCCUACUGGAUUUAGAUUCCCGUUUCCUGCUACAGGCUUUAGAAGGUAA